UUUUCUUUUUUUUUUUUAAUAAAAUUUUCCUCUUCAUUUGCAAUUUUCAUCAAUUGUCGAGUUUUCUUCUUUCAUCCUUCUUGUGCGAAAAAGGGUAUUGUCAUUUCAAGUGAAUAUGGGUAAAGCAGCGUUUGUUUUACUCUAUUUUGGCUUCAUAUUCAUCCUUUGUGAAGCCAAAUCAAUCAGACAGAAGCCUCAAGCUUUUGAGUCAUUCAAUGUCAGUUAUAUACAGAACUUGGGGAGCUGUUCUUACUCGGUGAUUAUUUCAACGAGCUGUUCCUCAACCAGUUAUACUCGAGAUCAGAUCAGUAUCGCUUUUGGGGAUGCUUAUGGUAAUCAGAUAUAUGCACCAAGGUUGGAUGAUCCAUCCACUAGGACAUUUGAACGAUGUUCUUCAGAUACGUUUGAGAUAUAUGGACCAUGUGCAUAUCAGAUCUGCUAUGUCUAUCUCUAUCGUACUGGACCCGAUGGUUGGAAGCCAGAGAGUGUGAAGAUUUAUGGUUAUAAUUCAAGGGCUGUUACCUUUUACUAUGACACCUUCAUUCCUGGCGGCAAUUGGUAUGGAUUUAAUUAUUGCAACAGUGCUUCUACUUCGCAUCGACAGAUUGGCCAGAGAUCAUUCUUAUUUAUGAUUCUUUUGUUUGUUCUCUGUGCACUCUUAUAAGUAGGUCUUGGCAAAGUCCCUAAUACCAAUAUUAGAAAAGAUUGUAGAAUGUGAUAUGAACUAUGAAGUAUGCACCACUAUUAACAUUGUUUUUUUUUUUUUCCUCUCAA